AUGCCAACUUCUGACGCAUUAAAUUUUACAGAAAAACCAAUGAUUUAUGAGAGUAUUGAAAAAUUUGAAUACCAUGUAUCAUGUAUACAAUAUCAAAGUAAAAUUACAAAUUUUGAUAAUCCUGGUACUGAAAUAAGUAUAACUAUUAAUCAAGAAGGCUUGUUUACACUUCCAUCUGAAGCUUUUAUUUUGAUUGAAGGAAGACUUGUAAAAGCAGAUGGAACAUCUUAUGUUAAUGCAGAUGCUGUAACACUUGUAAACAAUGGUCUUACGUAUUUAUUCGGUAGAGCAGAGUAUCAAUUAUCAGGUCAAUAUGUAGAAAAUAUUAUUAUUUUAGGUAGAACAACUACAAUGAUAGGAUUGCUCAAAUAUCCUCAUUACUUUCAAAAUGUUCAAGGUAUAAACCAAUUAUGGUAUAAAGAUUCAUCAACAACUGCAGCAAUUGCUACAAAUUUAGGAUUUGCACCAAGACAAUCUUAUUUAAUUCAAGAGCCAAAUACAAAAAGAAAAUUUUCCUUUUCUGUUCCUCUAAAACAUAUUUUCGGAUUUUGUGAUACUUAUAAUAAAGUUGUUUAUGGGUUAACACAUAAACUUACUCUAAUUAGAGAUGAUAAUAAUAAUGCAAUUUUUAGAGCCACAGGUACAGCUGCUGGACAAGUCAAUCUUACUAAAGUAUCACUUUUUAUACCACAUGUUAAACCAUCUCUUGAAUAUGAACUUAAGCUUAAUAAAGAAAUUGAAUUGAAAAUACCACUUCCAGUAUCUUAUAUUGAAAGGCGAAGUGAGAGUAUAGUUGUUCCACAAACUACUGAUUUUACUUGGACAGUGAAUAUAACAUCAUCUAGUACAAGACCUAGAUUUAUUAUUGUUGGAUUCCAAACAAAUAAAAAUAACAGUCAAGAACAAAAUCCUGCAAUAUUUGAUCAUUGUGACUAG